AUGUCCUGUAAUUAUGCGGAGGGACUUUCGCCAUAUGAAGAUAAAGGAGUUCUCGGUUUACCUGAGAAAUUCGAUUCUAUAGAGAAAUUAAAUGAGAAGUGUAAAAUCUUAGCGGAACUUAUAGAAACAAGUAAACACACAGUAGUUCACACAGGGGCUGGAAUAAGUACUACAGCUGGGAUUCCAGAUUUUAGAGGCCCAAACGGUGUGUGGACAUUAGAAAAGAAGGGAAAGAAGCCAUCAAUUAAUAUAUCAUUUACCGAUGCUAAACCAACAAAAACACAUAUGAUACUUAAAAAACUAGUCGAAUGCAACAAAGUACAGUACAUUAUCAGCCAAAAUAUUGACGGGCUCCAUUUAAAGUCAGGGUUAUCGAGAAAAUACCUGUCCGAAUUACAUGGCAACAUGUUCAUAGAUGAAUGUAAUCUAUGUAAAAAACAAUUUGUAAGGAGCAGUCCCGUUGAAACUGUUGGUAAGAAAUGUAGUGGAGUGCCUUGUGCAUCAGCUCAUGCAGGCAGAAGACCCUGCAGAGGUCGUUUGUAUGACGGAGUAUUGGAUUGGGAGCACAGCCUGCCGGAAAAUGAUUUGUUAAUGGCCGAGUGGCAUUCUAGUAUUGCAGAUUUGAGUAUAUGUUUAGGUACGACCCUACAAAUUGUGCCGAGCGGUAAUCUACCGUUGGAUACAGUGAAAUAUGGUGGAAAAUUAGUUAUAUGUAAUUUACAACCGACAAAACAUGAUAACAAAGCGGAUUUAGUUAUAAACUACUAUGUGGAUGAUGUGUUAGAAAAAGUUAUGGAUAUAUUGAAAUUAGAAAUCCCACAAUAUUAUGAAGAAGACAAUUUACUGAUAAAGGCAGAAAAAUCUAUAAUAGAUUGGACUAUAAGCAGAAAGGAUGUUUUAGAAAUGGAGAAAAUAUUCAAAGCUAAAUGUAAAGGUGUUAAAAAGAAACGGGUUCUGAUAAAGAAGAGAAAUGUUACGGAUGUGGACAAAAAUGAUGAUAAAACAAAAAUUAUUAAACUUGAAGCAGAUGACAAAGAACUUAGUAAUAUAGGGGAAGCGAUUGUUGCUUUUUAA